CUAGGCGUGUUUAUUUAUUAGCGUCUCAGUUAGUGCUUUGUGAGCGAGCGAUAUCAACAUUAGAGGCUAAAUGGCUAUCAAGUCUUAGACCAAUUCAUGACCGAUCCAUCAUGAACCGGAACCUGUUUCUUUGGCUGCUGUGUGCGACUGCAGCAAUAUGCAGGGGUAAGCAAGUUUCCACCUUUUCCGAGAUGCCUGAUUCAGCCGGUAGUCACGAUGACUACAGUGGUUACAGAACUGCUGCGAAUCCUGACAACUGUAAGGAGUUCUGCCGAGCAUACGAUUGGUGCGUUGCAGCAGAGUUCGACUUCAACACCUACGGUUGUUUUCUGUACAACGGAGUCACACAGAUCUCGCGCAAGAAAGGAAGCGUAUUCAUGAAACAGCGAUACACUGAAGUGACAACUACUCAGCCAACGACAACGACAGCUACCUUUUCCAGCACAACUGCUAUCCCCAUGACCACGGAUAAAUCACCAUCAACAUUCUACACUACACUGACAACAGCAGACGCACCUACAGCAACGACUACAACUAAAGGACCAAGCCGAACUGACGAAAGACAUACAACAGGGCUACUAUUACCGAAAUCAACGUUCAUUGAAGGUAAGCAAGUUUCCACCUUUUCCGAGAUGCCUGAUUCAGCCGGUAGUCGUGAAGAUUACGAUGGUUACAAAACUGUUGCGAAUCCUGACAACUGUAAGGAAUUCUGCCGGGCCUACGGUUGGUGCGUUGCAGCAGAGUUCGACUUCAACACCUACGGCUGUUUUCUGUACAACGGAGACACACAGAUCUCGCGCAAGAAAGGAAGCGUAUUCAUGAAACAGCAAUACACUAAAGUGACAACUACUCAGCCAGCGACAACGACAGCUACCUCUUCCAGCACAACUGCUGUUCCCAUGACCACGGAUAAAUCACCAUCAACAUUCUACACGACAAUGGCAGACCCAUCUACAGCAACGACUACAACGAAAGGACCAAGCCGAACUGACGACAGACAUACAAUAGGGCUACUUUUACCGAAAUCAGCGUUCAUAGAAGGUUCGUCUGCAUGUGCAAUAUGUUGAUAUGUAAGCUUUUGAGGACAAGAGUGAGUUUAUAAUGUUUUGUGAAUACAGUCUCUUCAAUAUUAAAAUACCCUGUGUCGAUUGUACAGCUCCGACUACAGCAUAAGCAUGGGAAGCAAAUAGUAAUGACAGUAGGUGUUCUCGAAAAUCUUUCAAUCACUCGACUGAUAUUGGGAGAUUAUAUUUGCUCCUAUAAACACAUCCUGUCUGACAAUCUGGGUAAU